UGAUGGUGACCACUUUCGAUGCCUUCUAAUCCAGGUAAAAACUGGGAUCUGAGUGCAGCACUGAGUGACUUCGAGCAGCUGCGGCAGGUGCACGCAGGGAAUUUGCCACACUCCUUCAACGAGGGACGCAGCUACAAACCCCCGGAGAAGGAGGCAGCCCGGCCCGGGCGACCACCGCUGCAGCGGCAGGAUGACAUUGUGCAGGAAAAACGCCUGUCUCGAGGCAUUUCCCACGCCAGCUCCACCAUUGUCUCCCUGGCCCGCUCCCACGUCUCCAGCAACGGCAGCAGUGAGCACCUGCUGGAGAUGCCCAUCUCCACCUUCCAGCUGCCCGACCUCACGGUGUACACAGAGGAGUUCCGCAGCUUCAUCGAGCGAGACCUCAUUGAGCAGUCGAUGCUGGUGGCACUGGAGCAGGCUGCGUGGCGCAAGAGUUGAGCAAGAUUCUGCUUCACUUUGCCUGCAGACACAGAAUGUAAAUUGUGUGUGUUGUCAUCGCUCAUGCAGCUGAAUGGUAAUACUAAAAAAAAAACCAAGUUGCAUUAUCUCACCAGCUAAGCUUCCCCAUGCCCCGUGCUGUCCCAUCAGCCCUACUGCGAGAAGGGAGGCAGGAAAGAAAUGACUGCAUAAUGCAGAGAGCAGCGAAUCAUCGUGGACGGAUAUUAGAAGUGAUUCCAAACGUUUGAGAUGGAUGAUGCAUUUUAUAUGCUUGCUAAUUCAAUGCAGGAGAACUCGUCUGCUGGCUUUGUGUGUGCCUGGAGAGGAACCACCUCGCGAGUGCGGACGGAUUUGUUUUCCAACGUGCUGUUUUCCUCCUGAAUAGUUGCUAGGUGAUCUGUAAAUAAGAUUGGGCUGGUGAAUGAAUGGGACCUCCAUGCUGGCAGGGAGGAGCCUAGUACGUGUUACCAGGAUGGCUGGGCAGGGUGGGGGCACCAGGCAGGAGCUCAGAAGCCUUUACAUCUUCUUUUACUUCUGUCGUAGUGCACAUACCUACAAAACUAUUAUUCCUGCAGGGAGAACGUAGAUUCUUAAUCUCAAAUUUUAGCCCUGUCCUGCUCAGGUGUUCCUGUAAUAAAUAUUCUCAUGUUUUGGAAAUGAACACUUGAUCCAAGUGAUCUUGUUUCGGCAGCGUUGCUGUUUGUGCGUGGUGCAGCUGAUGCAAAUUGAAGCACGCUUAUCUGCAUCUCAGCAGAGUUCAGGCUGGGUAUUGGAUU